ACUUUGCUGGUUCGGUGGCGGCGGGUCCCAGGGGAGAAGGGCCCUCCGCCGCUCUCUCAUUGGUCGCCGAGCCAUCAGCUGGUGCUAUUUGCUGCUGUCGCUUUUGGCGCUCGGCCAUCCAGAAACAAACCACUUCGAUGACUACUAAUAGUUAUAGCCAGAUGUACUAAUACACAACAAAUCACGGUCCGGGAUCUGGGGAGCGUCAAUGAGUUCCUAUUUUGUGAAUCCCACUUUCCCGGGGAGCCUGCCUAAUGGGCAGGAGUCCUUCCUCGGGCAGAUCCCCAUCUACCCAGCUGGGUACGAGGCUCUGAGGCACUUCCCAGCCUCUUAUGGAGCCGGCAGCCUGCAGGACAAGACCUACUCCUCACCUUGCUUCUAUCAACAGUCCACCAACACGGUCAUCGCCUGCAACCGGGCAUCCUAUGACUAUGGAGCCUCCUGCUUCUAUCCAGACAAGGACUUGGGCGGCGCCUCCUCGCCCUCCGGCAGUGGCAAGCAAAGGGCCAGCCACCCUGGGGACUAUCUGCCCUGCUUUGCUUCUGACCAGCAGUACAAGCCCGAGAGCGGGCCGGCCAAAAUCCUAAACGAGGAAGGAAGCGACCGGAAGUACAGCAGUCCUGUUUAUCCUUGGAUGCAAAGGAUGAACUCGUGCGCUGGUGCAGUAUACGGAACGCACGGCAGACGGGGCAGGCAGACCUACACCAGAUACCAGACCUUAGAGUUAGAGAAGGAAUUUCACUAUAACAGAUAUUUAACCAGGAGGCGACGGAUUGAGAUAGCGAACGCUCUCUGCCUCACUGAGCGGCAGAUUAAAAUCUGGUUUCAGAACAGGAGGAUGAAAUGGAAAAAAGAAAGCAAACUCAUCAAUUCCACCCAGCCGGGAGAAGAAACAGAGGAAAAGUCAGGGGAGUAAAACAAUGCUUACAACGAGGCGGGGGUGUGUGUACGGAGUUGCCACCAUACCCUCUCUUUAGUUGCUCUUUACAUCUCCCUUUACCCCUCCCCUCUUAUGUUCCUCCAGGAAUAUAUAUAUAUAUAGAUAGAUAUAAUUCGUAUUGUAAUGGUUCUGACGACUUUCAAAGGCUUGAUUAAAAUAUAUACUUAUUUAUAUAUAUAUCUAUAUAUAUUUGCAAUUAACUGUGAAUUUCUGGAUCGGUAGGAUAAAUGGACAUGGAAGGGAGUGAUGUACAUAGUCAGGUCUCCAAAGUGUAGGUUAGGAUACGCUUCAGAUGGUAUCAAGAUUCUUUAAAAAAAAAAAUCACACCAAACAAACUUUGAAGUGGAGCAUCGGUGUUAAUAUGAAAGACUGGAAAUUGGUGGAAUGGCUUCCAGGGACAAAAAAAGGGGGGGCGGCGGUCGCUUGCUCAGAGGGAAACCUCCAUAUUCUAGGACGGCCAGAGAUGUACAGGCGUCUUAUUUAUGUCUUUGCUGCUAACUCGGGAUAGAUUGGUGCCAUUGUUCGUCUCCUUUUCACCUCAGACCUGAGCCCAUUCAUUCGGAUUUUUUUUAAAAAAAUACAAAACAAAAAAUAAAAAGACUCUAUGAUUAAAGUUGCCACCAUGGCGACUUUAUGGCACCGAAAUAUUACAGUACAGAUUAGGAAAAGCGUGUUUCCUUGUACAUAUGAUUGAAAUAUUUAGUUAGGAUCCCACCCCACCAAAAAGAAAAAAGAGGGAAAUGGGGAAAUUUCAAUAAUGAGAUUAAGCGUUUUUCUGUUGUGGUUGUUUUUUUUAAGUACAGCCUUGAAGUGUUGAUGAACCGCUAUGGAUGUUUCAAAAUGGCCACAUAUUUGCGUACUGUUUUGUUUAAUUAGCAAAAGCCUGCAUUAAAAAAAAACACCCACAAAGCUCAAAAUACUGUAAUUAAAAGCACAACAAGUGAAGGGAGAAGUAUCUCCAGGCAGGCAGAGAUGGGUAGAGUUCGAAUUAGAGGAGUGUGUGUGUGUGUGUGUGUGUGUGUGUGUGUGUACACACACAUGUAUAUGCACGCUCACAAACACAACUUGACUAUCGAGGGUAACUUUGAUUUCUGAGUACUGUUGAAGGAGUAGGCAAAAUACUGAAUCGUGGCUGUUUCCCCAACCUCCCCUCCUUCACAUUUGGUUAAAUUUCUAAACAACGACAGUAAAUUAUGAUGGUGAUGGAAGCAAAGUCGAAAUGUAGCUACUAUUCUAUGCUUUCAUUGAGAAUGUGUGGAAGAAGGAUCCGGCGCAAGCACGGUUUGCUUUAAAUAACAGUGACAGUGAAAAUGUGUCUUUAUAUAUGCGAUUAAGUGUGUUUGGCGUCCUCUGUGUAUAUGUGGAAAUGCAAAGGUCUUUUUCGAUACUAUGAAAAUUGUACUUUUUGGGCAAUGACUCUGAAUACUAAUAAAAGUGAAAUGGUGAAAACCUACCCCUCAAAAGAUCACCAACCUUA